CACAACACCUGAAUCCCGCAACAUUUGGCAACGAAACCCGCCAUUUGCGUGCUUUUCGAUACUGAUCAGAAAAGACAGUUUAUUCGAAAAAUUGUAGCGGAACGUGACGCUCUAAAGUGGAAAAUUUUCUGGAUCUUAAUUAAAAACUGUAAUUGCGAUUUUGUGACAUCAAAUUGAAAGGUGGAGUUCCGGUUGCAAUAUACCCGCCCUUGCGUAAUCCGAUUGGCCGAACUAAGGGCGCCUGUGAAACGGAGAUAAGGGUUCGAAGUUAUGUGGAGCUACUGAUACCGCAGCAUCCCUCACCCUACAGCCACCGACAAUAUUCCGUGAUAUAAGUUCGUGCGAUUCGGUGUUUAUUUAUCUGUAAUAAAUUUGCGAAAAUUUAAUUAUCGAUGCCGAUGCUAACAUUUACAACAACAAACGGGGCAAGAAGUGGUAUGGAUUGGUCAGGUGCCGAUGGUGAAAAUAGUCCCACCAAUUCCUCACCGUUAAGUGCUAGAAAAGAUUCUCAACAUUAUCAGGAUUUGGAUUCAUUUUCCGAAGAAGACGAUCUCUCAGACGACUUUUCAUUGUUGGAUAGUGACGAAGAAAAGAGAGCAGAUCUAAGAGCAUCGCAACAUAUCUUGCAGUCUACAUUGGAAAUUGCACCACGUGGAAUUGGUAGGAAGAUGUUUACUAAUAGCCGAGAGCGUUGGCGUCAACAGAAUGUGAGCGGAGCUUUUGCUGAAUUACGAAAACUCGUACCAACCCACCCUCCAGACAAGAAGCUUUCUAAAAAUGAAAUAUUAAGGAUGGCAAUCAGAUACAUUCGUCUAUUAUUAAACGUUUUGGAAUGGCAGCGGCGACAGGACGGUCCGAUUCAAAUUAAAUGCGAAGAUCAUUAUCGGCACACAAGCAAUUCGCAGCACAUUUUGCGAAUGCGUGCCCGUCUUCGUCGCAAUCAACAGCUUCCGGCGCAUCCGAUGUGCGACAGGAACGGUAACAAUCUCUUGAUGAUCGCCCCAGGUAGCCAUUUGGGAUUUCGAAACGUCGCAAUUCUGGACUUGCCCCAUUCGAAUCGCAUUAAAACGGAACAGGAAGAGAAGGAGAAUAACGAGGACAAGGCAAUGAACAUAACUAAGGAAUGUUAAACUUGAAAUCUGUAUAUUAUUAAACUCUUUGUGUAUAUUACUCUUUACUCCAAAUAAUAAUUUGGUUAUUGACAGAUAAA